AAACUUUCCACUGAGUAUCCCGAAGUGCGUGGGAUCCUGGAAUGACGCGAGGAUAAGGACCGCGGAGCUCUAAAACAAGAUAAGAUUAACGAUGAUUAUAUAUUCCCACAGAUAGACGUGAGCUCAUUGCGGCAAAUAUUUAGAAAAAAAAAUCUUUAAACCAGGAAGAGGCAUGUAGUUAAUGAGUGGGUUCCCUAAACCGAGCCUUUAAAUGCUCUGCAGCGGAUUAUUUCAGUUUGUGGAAGUUACAGCUCCUGCAGGAUGAAAUUGGGAACUUUCUUAGUUUUUAUUUGGAUGUGCGCAUCUUCCUCUCUGUCAGCCGCAGAACUAUCUAAAGUGAAGGAUUCAGGUCCACAGAGCCGCUGCGUUGACCGAGCCUGCAACCCCCGCAUCGGUAACCUGGCUCUGGGUAGAGUGCUCAACACGCAGUCCGUCUGUGGCUCCAACUCUUCGGAGCGCUUUUGCUUCUUUACGCAGACUGCCGGGCCCCGCAGCAAGCAGUCCUGCUCUCCAGCUAAAUGCACCCGCUGCAAUGCUGCCAAGCCCAGUCAAGCUCACCCUCCUUCGGCCAUGAGUGACUCCUCUUUCCGCUACCCAGACACAUGGUGGCAGUCAGCUGAGGGAGUGGAGGAGGAGACGCUUCAGCUGAAUCUGGAGACGAAGUUUCUCUUUACUCAUCUGAUCCUGGUGUUCCGGUCUCCCCGCCCCGCUGCCAUGGUGCUGGAGCGCUCCCAAGACUUUGGACGCACAUGGAGGACCAUUAGAUAUUUUGCCCACCACUGUGAAAAGAUGUUCGGCCUCGCAGAGGGUUUACCUGUCGGGGAAGGCGGGGUAACCUGCACCUCCAAAUACUCAGGAGCUUUCCCCUGCACCAGAGGAGAGGUAAUCUAUCGAGCCCUGUCACCUUGGCACUCUGUGGAUCCCUACGGACUAGUUGCUCAGAACCAGCUCACUAUCACCAACCUAAGAGUCAGUCUCUUGCAGAGACAGCAGUGCCCAUGCCAGGCCAAAGGUCCUGGAGCUGCUCUUCUCCCAAUGGACCACUACGCUAUCUACGAUUUCGUUGUCAAAGGCAGCUGCCUUUGUAACGGACAUGCUGACCACUGCGUGCCAGCCAGGGGCUAUCAACCGGGCCCAGAGACGGCGAAUAGCAUGGUCCAUGGCAAGUGCGUUUGCAGACAUAACACAGCUGGCGACCACUGCGAGCGCUGUGCCCCUCUCUACAAUGACCUGCCAUGGCAGGCAGCCAAUGGCAUCAUGGGUACACCACAUGAAUGCCAGAAAUGCAAGUGUAACGGUCAUGCCAGGAGCUGCCACUUCAGCCGAGGACUGUGGCUAUCUAUGGGACGGCGGAGAGGAGGUGUGUGCGACAACUGUCUCCACAACACAGAGGGGCGUCAGUGUCAAAACUGUAAGAAGGGCUUCUACAGAGACCCGAGUCAUCCAAAGUCUGCACCAGACUCCUGCAAACCCUGCUCCUGCCACCCUGUUGGUUCUGUUCCCUCAGGUGGUGGCACCUUCUGCAACCCUAGCAGCGGGGAAUGCGCUUGUAAACCUGGUGUGGAAGGCCCCCACUGUGACAAGUGCAUAAUGGGAUACUGGGGGUUUCAUGAAUAUGGCUGCCGUCCAUGUGACUGCGUAGGGGACUGUGACCCCUACACGGGUGACUGCAUAUCUGGCUUAGAUGUGGAGUUCCUCUAUGCAGCUGCUGGAAACCCAGGAAACAGCAGCAAUAAUAGUGAGGCAGCACUCCUAAGAGUAGAGGAGCUUUUCUCUGCACUGCACCACUCUGAGAAAUGUGAAUGUAUUGAAGGUACCCUGGGCAGCCCUAAAUGGUUCUGUGUAGCUAAGUUUGACUAUGUUCUGGUGGUGAAAGUGAUGUCUGCUCAUGAUAAAGGCUCUCAUGCCGAGGUGGAGGUAAAGCUUAAAAAGGUUCUAUAUCAGAAGCCUCAGAUGAAGAUCCAGCAGGGAAGUGUCACACUUUAUCCCGAGUCCUGGACCGUCCGAGGCUGUACCUGUCCCAUCCUCAAUCCAGGAUAUGAGUAUGUAGUGGCUGGUCAUAAAAACUGGAAAACUGGCCGUCUCAUGGUGAAUACCAGGAGCUUUGUUAAGCCAUGGAAGUCGAGCCUGGGACGCAAACUCCUCUACAUUAUCAGAAAGAACUGUGGGCGCAGGUAAAAGGCUGCCAAGAACCACAAAGGAUGGAGAUGGUGGAUCAUCGUCUGUAUGACUGAUACCUGUAAGACUGAACGCUGAUGUCUGUAAGACAGAAAACUACCAAAGACUUGGGUUUUAAUCUGUCAAUAAAGGAUGCAGAAGAGAUAAAGACUUCUAUACAGGGAGAACUAAUGUUUUACAUUUAGUGUUUUCUGAUCCUUUUUCCAGAUUGUUUUUAUCUACACACAGUUAUAUUAUGUUUUCUUGCCAAAGUUUCAAAAAGUGUUUAUGGUCCUGCUUCGAUUAUUUUAUUGAAAAGUACUUGAACAUUUUCAAAGUCACAGUCUAAAUAAUUCCUUUGAUCUCGGAUAAUAAUAAAUUAUGACAAGUUAACUUUAAUGUGUGUGUUACUCCUUGGCAGAAAAACCUUUCUGCUCCACUCUGUUUGCUUUGCAAUAUAGUAAUUUAGCCUUUUAUGUAAACAGAGUUUACAGUCAAUCAGACUAAUUAUCAGGUUGCUUUCUGUCAUAUGGAAAAUCCACUUCCAUCUGAGGAGCUUCUGAGGCGUUCUCAUGUUGGAUCAUAAACCCUUUUUUGUGUUUGUGGGCGUGCUCUCAACAUGUGUCUUCUGAGCUUCAGAAGUAAACACAAAAUAUUUGGACAUUUUCGUAGGAGGCCAAGUUCAGAAUAGACCUGAUGUUCUGUCUCCAAGGAAAGCAACAAACAGCCUGACUAGAUGCAAAGACUUCCUCAGAAAUCACAUCAUCCGCAAUGUAAUUAACCCAAACAUGUCAACAAAAUUAAAAAAUACUUUUCUUUUUUCCCAUGAUUCGGGCCCUAAAUUAUGGAAUGACCUCCUGUUACGUAUCAGGCUGUCCUGUUCAUUAGCUGCUUUUAAAUCUUCACUCUAAACCAAGUUUGUUUUUAUUUCUAUUUGUUUCUUUUUUAGCUCUUAUUUUUGUUGUUCUUACAAUAUUUAUGAGUGUUUUCUGGUUUGAUUGUUUUGCACAGUACAGCACUUUGCUCCCUUUGAAUUAUUUUUUAAAGGCUUUAUAAAUAAAAUUUGGUUGGAUACUGAAGAAUGGAUACCAGGAUAUGCAUUUACUUCAGAUGAAGCUGAAUGAGCCAUGUAUGAUUUCUUCCCUCCUUUGGUUAUAAGAGAGUAAAACAUUUCCAGAUGAUCUAGACUUCUAAUGUAAACAGUAAAUGUCUAGUUUAGCUGAAAGUACAUCUGAGAAAUUAUUUAAUUUUGUUCGAGAUGCAGCUUCUGUUGUGUUGUGUGACACUGUUAAUAAAAUUGGAAAUGCAUGCAUUAAACAAAUACAUUAAUCUACAGUUACAUACAUGUUUUUGUAAUAAUAAAAAAACCUGACUUUAUAAUUCAUCAAAUGCAUUGAUCAAAAUGUGAGUUUGUUGUAUUUGGACAAUUGCACAGUAAAACGCAUGAAAAAAAUAAAUAAAUUUCCGUUUCCUUUUGAAAGUUAAAUAUUUAAUUGUGUUUUUAAAAAAAUACUUAAUCGAUGAGAAUUUUUAUCAGUGUAUUUACAAGAAAAGUGAUAUAUGAAUUUAAAUAAUAUUUUUUAUUUUCUUAUUUAAUUGUGUAUUUGAUGUAUCAUUGGCACAUUUAUCCAAUAUUUAUGUCUUUUUUUAAUGUAUCUAUUACAGUUUUAGUAACUAUCACUUAUAAAUAUUUAUUUGAAAAAAUA